GCACCCGUCCAUUCGCCGACCGUGCUCCGUUGCCUGAACGGCCCCGUUCUGCAGCACUCUACGCGACUUUACGCGUCAAAGCGCCGGGACUGACUAUACAAGCUCUCCAGAGACGUCGGCCGCCUCGCAUGUAAUGGCAGCAGCGCGCCGGCAGCCGUCUAUGCAGAUUUUUCAGGAUCCCGCACCCCCUCAGGACCACCACCAGGCCGCCGCUUGCGACCCGCGCUAUCUCGACGCCUUCGUGAACAUUGUCGACGUGUCGACCGACUCACACACCCUCUUCGCCCCGCCAAACGCCCUCCAGACCGAGCCGUCGCCGCGCAAAGCCCGCCACGCCUCCAGCUCCCCGCAACGCAACGUGCUUGGCAAGAAGGACGUCAACCUCCCACCACCCCGCGAGCAGCGGUUCCGCACCGACGCGCCCAUGAAGAAGGCGCGCCAGCACAACCAACCGCAGACCAUGGCCGCUGUACAGUACUGGAAUGGUCUGUCGUCGUCGACAAUGGACAAGGAGAACGCGUACCCCUACCCGGAGCCCAAGAUGCAUGCCGCAGAGCCAUCGUUAAAACAAGUGCCCAACAACAAGCGCACCUUCAUGGAUGCUGCACCACUACGCGACCGCAGCAAGAAGCAGAAGGUCGUCAAGGAUAUUAAGGCCGAGGAGACCGACGGACCACUACCUGAGCCAGACGAGAUGCCUGCUGUUGAAGACGACGGCAAUAAGCCGUCGUACAGCUAUGCAAUGCUUAUUGGAAUGGCCAUUCUUCGCGCGCCGAAUCGACGUCUCACACUGGCGCAGAUCUACAAGUGGAUCUCAGACACAUUUGCAUUCUACCGCAACUCGCAAGAGACAGGGUGGCAGAACAGCAUCCGUCACAAUCUCAGCCUUAGCAAAUCAUUUUCUAAGCAGGAGCGCCCGAAGGACGACCCCGGGAAGGGUCAUUAUUGGGUAAUCAACGCCGGCUUCGAGAAGCAAUACCACAAGGUCAAGCCUGUACGCCGUUCCACCAACCCUGACAGUCUCGUUCCGGCAUACCCCAGCGACCUGCCUCGCCCUUCCACCUCAACGUCUGCUAGUUUCCCUCCCAUGAGCUCGACCAAAGGGUUUGACUCAAGCAGAUUUCCAGAGCCAGAAGAGGCUGAGUUGCCAGACUCAGAUGCCACCAUUCCGUGCUCGGAUCCUGCCGCUCACGACGGACAUGACUCGACAAACAUGCCGCCGCCGCGCGCGAUGCCAUCCUCACCGCCACCAGCUGACAUUCACUCGUCCCCACCGCCACCAGUUUCACGGUCGCGCUCUGUUCGCGAAGACACCCCACCGCGCGGACCUCGCUUCCCAUCCAACAGCAGCCGAUCAGGUGGACGCAGGCGCAAGUUCCACGGUCUUGGUGACAGCGGCUACUACUCCUCGAUUGAGUCAUCUGCGAUCAAGGGUAACCCGCUUGGGCCACUUCUCACCUCCGAUGCUGAUCUUGAUCGACCAAACAUCAAAAGGGGUCGUGCUGAAGAGGAAAUUGCGCGGAUACGUGGCUCAUCAUACGAUUCUCCGUCAAAGACCAGAACUUUCAUGAAGCAGCCUGGUGCUGCCCAACCCAUCUCGUCGCCCUUCCGCGUUGGUGAGAAGCUUGGCAACCCUCUUACCCCUGCUAUCGUCUUCAAGCGCCCUGCCCUGCCUCCCGCCUCUGCAUCGCCAAACACCAACCUGCGAAAUCACAGGAACAAAAUGCGGGAGCUUGUCGGUGGCUCACCCGACAAGAGUUUGGCCAUGUGGGCUGACACAUCCUUCCUGGACGCCAAAGGCUGGAGCCCGGCCGUGUCGGUCCCCAACAGCGAGCAUGUGAACCUUGUAGGUGACGGUUUUGAGAACACCUUUGACAUCUUUGGCGAUUUCGGGUACAACGAGAGCCCUCUCAAGCGUAGUGCUGGCAAGCAGCGCCCUCGCAUGGAACGUGCUGUGACCACUAGUGGUGUUCUCGCCGACAUCAUAGGCUCGAAGAGCAACAUAGCUAACUCGCCUACUCCCAACUGGAAGAUGGCGUCUUCGUUCCUCAAUAUCCCUAACCUUUCGCCGAUCAAGGGUAUGUCGCCGCUCAAAGCCCCCCAGCUGAGGCCUCCGACAUCCACCCCUCUGGCAGGUCUUGGUCUUUCCAUUCCCCGACUGAACAAGGAGAACGGUUUGCCCAGCAUUACUCCUCCAGAAUCCUUCAGCUCUCGUUCGACACAGCAGCAAAGCAAGGAUGAUGAUGACAUUUUCCACUUGCUGCACAGCGACGACUCUGAGCCUGGUAUCGAUCUUCUCCAAGGAUUCGAGAAGAUUGGCGCAAGACCAUCUGCUGUGGCGCCCAACGGCUCGCCGAAGAAGCUGUCAAGGCCUGGUCUUGCUCGCAGCCACACUGUUCGAUUCUAAGCUUUUGUCGCGGAUAAGCAUUCGGCAAUCUUUCAUGCAGAGUCAACCAAGGCUUGAGCUAUGUUAUUAAGUUGUAGCCACGCCUG